AUAAGAUACUUAACUACUUGUUUAUCUCUCUUAGUUCAAAAGUUAUUGGAAAAAUUCCAAAUCGUGUAAAACAUGUUAUCGUAUUUCAGUUUUUGAGAAUUUGAAUGUCUGAUAUAUUUUAAACAAUAAUCCGUCAUAAAAAUCCAGUGACUCACAUUAAUAAAAAUUUGACACGUCUUAUAAGUCGAAAUAACAUACGCAACGAACUUUCGGCCGCCAUUUUGAAAGGGUUCCUUAUCUCGGAUCUUAACGAAAUUUUUUUCUGGGUCGUAUAUUAUCGAUUAAAACAAUAAUCCGUCAUAAAAUUCCAGUGACUCAUAUUACAAAAAAUUUGACACGUCUUAUAAGCCGAAAUGACGUACGCAACGGACUUUUGGCCGCCAUUUUGAAAGGGUUCCUCACCCCGGAUCUUAAUGAAAUUGGUUUUGAGGAUGUCUGAUAUAUAUUGUUAUGUCCGGGUCAAUUCACACAAAUAAGUACACACUAUUUAUAAAAGAACACAAACUCAGACUCUUUAUUUAAUACGUAGAAUACGUCUGCUCUCAGCAGCUGUCACAAUCAGUCUCUGACUAAACAACAACAUCCGUGACGUCAUUGAUCUCGUUGCUAAGGGUAGCUAUGCGCGAUUCAUGGUGUUCGAAUCGCGCAACGUUCAGGCUCGGUCACAACAUUGCCCUCUUCUUUUCAGAUUGUCGUCCCGACAAUUAUAACCAUCCAUCCUUCAAGCGGGUUGAUCCUCUUACAAUCCAAUGAUGACUUACAGGAACUGACAUCAACAUCCUCUACCUUGACCCAUCCUAGGUAUCAAGUUACCGAGCGGUGCUUACAGACGUCAUUCCAAUCAUCACUUAACAGAACUAAGACGGACCCAUCUCUUGAAAACAAUCCUCUUCUUAUUCCAAUGAUGACUUACAGGAUCCCAUCAACGUCCUCUACCUUGACCCAUACUAGGCGUCAAGUUACCGAGCGGCGUUUACAGAUGCGGACUCCAAUCAUCACUUACAGGAAUAAAAGACUAAUCUCUUUCAUGAAUCCAAGCUUUAAACGGUUGAAUUCAAUCGAACACAUUCAAAUUUAUCCUUCGGACAUGAGUGGGGAGUUGGCAUGCCAUGGAACCUCUCCUCCAGUCCCUACUCCGGUAUUCACCUUCACGCUCACGGGAAAAACCAUGGUUCAAAAGAACCGUGAGCAGAGUAGUCUUCAUAAAUCGGUUUGAUUCGGUCACAUUCGGGUUAAUGCGUCUCAAUCGGGUGAAAUGUCUUAAUCAGGAUCUUUCGUCGUUGUUGGUACGUGUCAUUACAGGAACAGCCUCCUCCAUCGAACGGCGUGGAUGUGCAUGAUGUCAUCAUUCGUAUCCGACCUCCUCUAUCGAACGGCAAAGAUGUGAGCGACGAUAUCAAAAAGCCAGACAUCUCACUCAAUAAACCUUUCGAACCGGAUUUUGCUGGUCUGAAACGGAACGAAUCCAACAUCUGCAGUAUCGCAACUUUCUUUGUCAAACUCAUAGAAUUUUGGAAAUAAUCUAAAUCUGUCUUUUUGAUCUUUGUAAGUGUAUCUUCACGUCUAUGUAGUAUUAAAAUAGUGUCAUCAACAGCGGCAUUCAUCGAUGACACAUUCUGGUGUUUAACUGUGUUGUUAGAUGGUAAUUCUAAUUCGUUCUUGACAUGUAUCAAAUGUGUAUCAACUAAAUUCGAUUCAUCAAAAAUUGACCCUUCAGUGAUUAUGUCUGUGUAUGUCUGUGUUUGUGAUGUUUGUGUUCAAUUGACUUAGCUGUUUUAAAUUGUAGUUGAAGAUCCUUUUGCUUUUCAAGCAAAUCGACACAGCCGUUUAUGAGCAGCAAGCUUGAAUGAUAUUGCCUUGCUAAUUCUUCAUUCUGUAGUUGCUCAGCUUGCAGAUCAGUUCUUGAGAUUAUUUUUUCGACCAAUUCUUGAUCGUUCACUUCCGUCUCAAGCGGUUCUAUUCUUGUCUCAGUUUCUUUCCUAAAUUGAUCUUCCUUCGCGAUUUCCAUGAUAGCUUUCUCUCUGAUACUACGUACAACAGGAUGCGUUUCUUGUUCAUCAAUCCGUGAGGCAAUCCAUAACCAAAAAUCCAAUUCGGCGUUCAUGGUGUUUGAAUAAAUUAUCUCGGACGAGCCCCCAAAAAUGUUAUGUCCGGGUCAAUUCACACAAAUAAGUACACACUAUUUAUAAAAGAACACAUAAACUCAGACUCUUUAUUUAAUACGUAGAAUACGUCUGCUCUCAGCAGCUGUCACAAUCAGUCUCUGACUAAACAACAACAUCCGCGACGUCAUUGAUCUCGUUGCUAAGGGUAGCUAUGCGCGAUUCAUGGUGUUCGAAUCGCGCAACGUUCAGGCUCGGUCACAACAAUAUUUAAACAAUAAUAAUCCGUCAUAAAAUUCCAGUGACUCGCAUUAAUAAAAAUAUGACACGUCAUAUAAGCCGAAAUGACAUAGGGGAGGGCGGGGCAUGCCGUGUCAGGCGGGUUGGUUUGUCAUGCCAAUAUUCUAAAAAUUAACGAUGUUAUUUAAACAAACGCUCAUGAAAAUUCUUUAAUAAUACACCCACAUUUCUCAAAACGCCUAUAUAACACUUACAAUACUGAAACUUUAUCAAUUAAGUACUUCAAAUAGUGCACUUUUGAGGUACGUGUUCUGUUUUUGGAUGAAAUGUUUUUCAAAUAAUAUAACAUUGAUAACAAAAUGACAUUAAAGUGGGGCACGUGUGACACCCCUGGUGGGGCACGAGUGUCACACGACGACGGCGCUGAACGGCGGCCGCGCGAAUCAGCUGAUCAAACUUAACCUACAAUUCGGAGUUCUUAGCUGCGAUGGGUUGAUUUGGUGCUCCGCAUCUUAAUUAGUUUUAAGAUAGUUGUAAUUAUUUUUAAGCAAAAAAUGGUAAGGGUUUACAAAAAAAAGUCCAAUAGGUUAAGUUGGAACGAGGGGCAGAUGGAAUUAGCCGUCCAAAAAGUGCUAGAGGGUAGAAGUUGCAAGAGUGUUGCCAGUGAUUUCGGAGUACCAAGAACUACUCUUUUAAAAAAGUGUAAACUACGAAACCAUGAUCAUCCAAUCAAAGUUGUAGGUUUCAAGCGUGUUUUUGACGAUGAGCAAGAGAUUGCUUUAAAAAAUGAAAUUGAAAAUAUGGAGAAGUGCAUGAUGGGAUUAACAUCAUAUGAUGUCAGAAAACUGGCGUUUGAUUUUGCUGAAAAAUUAAGAAUUCCUCAUAACUUUAACCGUACAGAAGGGCUUGCUGGCAAGGACUGGGUGCAUAACUUUCUAAAACGCCAUGACUUAUCUUUUAGAAAAUCUGAGCAUACGUCAGCCGCCAGGGCUCAUGGCUUUAAUCAAGAAGCAGUAAAAGAAUUUUACACGCUAUUAAAAAAACUAUUAGAUGAACACAACUUUGCUCCUGAAAAAAUCUUCAAUGUGGAUGAAACAAGUGUAUCCGUAGUGCCAAAGUCAUCACCCAAGGUAAUUGCCCGAAGAGGACGUGGACAAGUCGGAGGCUUGACUGCAGCUGAGCGAGGUGAGACAGUGACAGCGGAAGUAUGCAUGUCAGCAGCAGGAAUGUUUAUGCCACUAUUGCUAAUCUUUCCUCGAGUGAAAGUCAAUCAGGAGUUCUUGAAUGAUGCACCUCCUGGAGCAUGGGCGGAGUUUCACAAGACUGGCUACAUGCAAACGGAGAUCUUUGCAAGAUGGUUCAAGAAAUUCAUUGAAUUUUCACACGCCAAACCAGAAGAUCCUGUGCUUCUUCUUCUUGAUGGGCAUGCAUCGCAUGUAAAGAAUUUGGAAGUUAUAGAGAUGGCAAAAGAACAUGGUGUGAAAAUAUUAUGUUUUCCUCCUCACUGCACGCACAAGAUGCAGCCCCUGGAUGUUGGGUUUAUGGGUCCGUUGAGCAUUACUUUUGGCAAAAAAGUCUCAGCAUUGCAACGACAAGGAAUGCAAAUGACAAUGAGAAAUAUUUUCUCUGUAUUUGGCAAAGCAUUUCUUGAAGCGGCUAAAAUGGACACUGCAGUCAACUCGUUCAAGAGAUGUGGCAUUGUUCCUUUCAAUCCAAACAUCUUUAAGGAAUCUGACUUUGUUACAGCUAAAAAAAAUAUCCAUUUAACUCCAGAAGACAACCCUUCGGUUUCAUCCACUCCAAGAAGUGCAGAGUCCAUUGCAACUAUUGCUUCUUAUUCCAGUACGAUUCAAGACUUGAUAAUGCAAGCUAGUCCAAAGGUAUCGCAACCUAGUCAAAAGGUAUCUCAGCCUAGUCAAUUAAAUUCUAAGGAAAGUUCGACUUUUAACAAACAUGACGAGCAAGAGAAAGCAGAAGAGGAAGUUCGGAUUCCCUUAUCUUAUAUUCUACAGGCAAGACCACUCUUUGAUUUUUUGAGUCCAAUCUUUCAGGCCAAUUCAACCGAUGUUCCACAAAAACAUUCAGAUGCUUCUAUUAACAAUGAAAUACCUCAUCAAACACGAGUCGACAACCAGCCUGGGAAUUCUUUCAAUGAUACUGCUCUGAAUGCACCUGAUUUACUUUCAUCGAUUGAGGAUGGAGGUACUUCGAUAGAAUUAAGAGUUACUUCUACACCUACAAGCUCAUCUACGCCAACGGAAACUGCAUCAGUUCAAAAGAAGAAAGGUAGAGUACGUGGUAAAGCAGCUAUCAUCACUGAAGACUCAUAAAAGAAAAUUUGUUGGCUGAAAAGAUCAAAAAUAUUAAAAAAGAAAAACCUGACAAGAAAAGCAGUGCAUCGAAACCCCAGAUUAUAUCAAACGUUGCUUUAGAUCCAAGUCAGCACAUUCAGCCUGCCAAGCGCAAGCAACCUGCUUCCAAUGCACAAAGAAAAAGGCGUAAUGCACUUACAGAAAUAAACAGUAAAUUACAAAUUCAAUCAGUUCCUGAUUUAGUGACAGCGCAAGAUCAACCUUACCAAAUAUCUCAAAAUGCUGUGGUUUCUUUAGAAGAUGGCACACUCGUAUUGCCUAUGGAUUUUACUGCAGAUUAUUGCAAUAUUGUACCUAUUCCAAACGUACAACAUUCAACUUUAAUUGCUAAUUUAACAGAUCAAAGUGUACAAAUUUGUUAUAUUUAAAUUUUGUUAAAUGUAAAAAAAUUUUGAAAAUUUAAAUAUGUUUGAGGUUUGAAAUAUUAAAUAUAAAAUAAAUUUGAAUUUA